AUGACCCCCAUCACCCUCAUCACCCCUAUCACAUCAAAUCACCCCCUUCACCCCCAUCACCCCCAUCGCAUCACCCCUAUCACCCCCGUCACAUCAACCCCAUCACCCAUCACCCCCAUCACCCCCAUCACCCCCGUCACCCCCGUCAUCCCCAUCACCCCCAUCACCCCCAUCACCCCCAUCACAUCACAUCACCCCCAUGACCCCCAUCACCCUCAUCACCCCUAUCACAUCACAUCACCCCCUUCACCCCCAUCACCCCCAUCGCAUCACCCCUAUCACCCCCGUCACAUCAACCCCAUCACCCAUCACCCCCAUCACCCCCAUCACAUCACAUCACCCCCGUCACCCCCAUCACAUCACAUCACCCCCUUCACCCCCAUCACCCCCAUCACCCUCAUCACAUCAUAUCACCCCCAUUUUCCCCAUCACCCCCAUCAUCGCCAUCACCCCCAUUACAUCACAUCACCCCCAUCACCCCCAUCGCAUCACCCCCAUCACAUCACCCCCCAUCACCCAUCACCCCCAUCACCCCCAUCACCCUCAUCACCCCCAUCACCCCCAUCACCCUCAUCACCCCCAUCACUUACAUCACCCCCAUCACAUCACUCACCCCCAUCACCCCCAUCACCCACAUCACCCCCAUCACCCCCAUCGCAUCACCCCCAUCACCCCCAUCACAUCACCCCCAUCACCCACAUCACCCCCAUGACCCCCAUCACCCCCAUCACCCUCAUCACCCCUAUCACAUCACAUCACCCCCUUCGCCCCCAUCACCCCCAUCACAUCACCCCCAUCACCCAUCACCCCCAUCAGCCAUCACCCCCAUCACCCAUCACCCCCAUCACCCAUCACCCCCAUCACCCAUCACCCCCAUCACCCCCAUCACCCCCGUCACCCCCAUCACCCCCAUCGCAUCAACCCCAUCGCAUCACCCCCAUCGCAUCACCCCCAUCGCAUCACCCCCAUCGCAUCACCCCCAUCGCAUCACCCCCAUCGCAUCACCCCCAUCGCAUCACCCCCAUCACAUCACCCCCCUCACGCGGCGACCUGAGCAGGGACCUGAGCUCCAACCUCUUCAACCAGCAGCUGGACGGCUUUCUCUCGGACCUGAGCUCCAACCUCUUCAACCAGCAGCUGGACGGCUUUGGACCUGAGCUCCAACCUCUUCAACCAGCAGCUGGACGGCUUUCUCUCUGUCUUGGUCUCGCUCACUUCGCUCCAGCAGCUGUACGCCUCAUGCUUCUGGGGUACAACUGGUUCUAUGGCUCAAUCCCCACCACCAUCUCUGAGCUCACCAAACUGACCGGCCUGUCCUUCUUCUCAAACUACCUCACCGGCUCGCUCCCCUCACUUCCCGCCUCACUUCUUGCGCUCGACAUAGCCUACAACUUCCUCUCCGGCUCGCUCCCCACCCUCCCCUCCACCCUCUCCCACUGCGCGGCCGAACACAACUGCCUUAUCCCCGCCGCCGCUGCCCCCUGCGCUCGCUUCGGCUCCACCCAACGCCCUGACGCAGUGGCGGGAGCAGCGGCAGCAUCAGCAACAGAGCGGUGCGCCGUGUGCGGGAUGGGCACGGCGGCAGAAGCAAGCUUAUGCUAUGAUGGGGACUGCGUUGUGUCUGUGGCCCCAGUGGUGGCUCAGGCAGGGACCAAUGGGCCGGCUCAAGCCGUGCUGGAUAUGCAGUGCACAGUAAACGCUCUUCUUGCGCUCAAGAGCGCGUUGGGAGUGACGGCCACGGCAUGGGGGGGCAGUGGGGCGUGCACAGUGGAGGGAUACACCUCGGGCUCUGACUGGCCCGGAGUGGCCUGCGACUCCCUCGGGAACGUCCUCUCCAUUGAUCUAACGAGUCAGAAGCUCAAGGGGUCCAUGGCCUCGGAUGUCACCACUCUCACAUCGCUCACUCGCCUAACCUUCGACAGCAACCUUUUCUGGACGCCGCUUCACUCCUUUGUCUCCUACUUCUCUUCUCUCUCCAACCUUGUCGUGCUUGCUGCUGUUCAGUCACUCACUUUCUGUGCGGGUCGCUCUUUUCUUCAGGCGCAUAUUGAUUGUUUGCCUUUCACCCUGCCACCCCACCCUGCCACCCCACCCUGCAGCGACCUGCAAUACAACUGGUUCUACGGUUCACUGCCUGCCUACCUGCUCAACCUCCCCAGCCUCACCAGCCUAGCCCUUGGCUGUAACUACCUCACGGGCUCCAUUCCUGCACCCACCUCAACCACUCUCGCCAAGCUCGCACUCACCCAAAACUUCCUCUCUGGCUCUUUCCCUCUCCUUAGCCGACGCUCACGCCCCCACCACUGUACGCGUUACGCACUGUUCCCGUUUCUCUCUACAGAAGACGCGCUGCUCGCAAUAAAGCCGGCUCUGGGCGUGACGCUAACGUCCUGGCAGGCGUCGUCUAGCUGCGGGCCGCUCGGGUUCGUGCAGCAGGCCAAUGAGUUUGGUGCCGUGUCGUGCGAUGGGUCCGGAAACGUCGUUUGGAUUCGCUCAAGGGAAGCAUGCCAACUGACAUCAGCAAGCUCUCCGCUCUCACCUUCCUGUGAGCCGCCCCUUCCUUUCCUCCCCUCCAUCCCACCUUCCCCCUUUUCCCGCCUUCCCCCAUUUCCCGCCUCCCCCCCUUUCUCUCCUCUUAACUCCUGGACUCGAAAACCGGAUGACAAGAGCCUUCAUCCAUCGGUGGCUGGCACAACCCCUGCCUUUCACGCACUUGCUUGGCAUUUCCCAGAAACACAGCAAUCUCUGCUACAACCUGCUGCGCGCCCCUCCGCCCUCCCCCCCCCCGCGUUCAGCAUCUCUGCUACAACCUGCUGCACGGCACGGCAGCUUCUGACGCAUCUCAAACUCCCUCCGCCUCUCCCACCCUUCCCUCUCCCCCCCUCCCCACAGCAAUCUCUGCUACAACCUGCUGCACGGCAGCUUCACGCCUUGGACCGCCACACUGAUGCAAAUGCCUCAACUCAUAGAUUUGUGAGUCCUGUUUUCGCCAGCAUAAUGGCCAGGCCAGCACAACCUUUCUCUCGCCAGCAGCACAAGCUUUCCCCGUGCUCUCGCUCUCCAGCUCCCGUGCUCUCACUCCCCCCUUCCCUCUCCGUGCAUGUGGCGUGUGGUGUGUGGUGUGUGGUGUGUGGCGUGUGGCGUGUGGCGUGUGGGGAUCCCCCUCCCGUGCUCUCACUCCCCCUUUCCCUCCCCUUUGUGGGGAUGCCUCUCUGUGCGAGUGGCGUGUCCAACCUCGCUGUGCGAGUGGCGUGUCGUCCAACCUCUCUGUGCACCCGAGUGCAUACCACCAUCCGGUUCCACAGCACCAUCGUAACCACCCUGGAGGGUCGUUCCCGACUGGAUUUGCAGGCGGAUUUGUGCCAAUUGGUUCUACGGCACUGUCCCAACAUCCAGUUAACCAUAUUCUCCAACUACCUCGUGGGCACGAUCCCCCCACUCCCCCCUUCGCUCGUAAACGUUUACGUGGAUGAAAACUUCUUCAUCGCCCGUUCCCCCUCCGGCGUCUCACCCGCCGUCUGCCACACCAACUGCUUCACCAGCAGCCCCCCUGCUGCCUGCCCCCUCUCCACCCAACGGCCCGCUGCCCAGUGUGUGUUUUGCGGCGGGGCGGCGGGGGCGACGGGCAUGUGCGGGGGGCUUCUGGAGGGGUGCACGGUGGACCCGACCGGGCUGACUGCGCCAAAUGGGGGCUCUGCUGCGCUGCUGCCGCAGUUCUGCGAGGCUGUCUACAUUCUCCCCGCGCAGGUGUCCGUCCUGAUGGCGCUCAAGUCGUCGCUGGGAGUGACGGACAGCACGUGGGUGGGCACAGGGGAGUGUACGGGGGCGAAAGCCUCCCAGGCGACGCCCUACUGGGCUGGGGUCAGAUGCUCCGGCAAUGCGCUCUGCGCAUGCAAGGCGCCUCUGGGUCACUUCACUCCUCCGUCUCAUCGCUCUCGGCGCUCACCUCCCUGUACGUACGGUCCUGCCUCCCGGUCUCUUCUUGACACGUCUCAAAAGGCCCUCCUCUAUCCGUCUCAUCGCUCUCAGCGCUCACCUCCCUGUACGUACGGCCCUGCCGCUCCCUCUCGCCACCCCUUCAAUGCUCACCUCACACAUUCCCACGCCUAUGGCACCCCACUUACCCAUCACAUCACACCCACUCUCUUUUUGCCAUGUCCCUGUUCCCCCCUUGCCGCUACUCCUGCAUCGCAUUGUCUGCUUCUGGGGUACAACUGGUUCUAUGGCUCAGUCCCCACCACCAUCUCCCAGCUCUCCAAAUUAACCGGCCUGUCCCUCUUCUCCAACUACCUCACCGGCUCACUCCCCUCACUCCCCUCCUCCCUCCUUGCCCUCGACAUAGCCUACAACUUCCUCUCCGGUUCCCUCCCCACCCUCCCCUCCACCCUCUCCCACUGCGCCGCCGAACACAACUGCCUCGUCCCUGCCGCUGCUGCUCCCUGCGCUCGCUUCGGCUCCACGCAACGCCCUGCCGCAGUGGCGGGGGCAGCAGCAGCGACGGCGACAGAGCGGUGUGCGGUGUGCGGGAUGGGGACGGCGACGGAAGAAAGCGUUUGCUUUGAUGGGGAGUGUGUUGUGUCUGUGGCCCCAGCUGUGGUUCUGGCGGGGCCCAACGGACUAGUUCAAGCCGUGCAGGACCUCCAGUGCACAGGUGGGUAUGUUUGUGUGGGAGAAGGAGAGAGGAGCUUUGAUGGGGAGUGUGUUGUGUCUGUGGCCCCGGCGCUCAGGUGGGGCCAAACGGGCCGGCUCAAGCCGUGCAGGAUAUGCAGUGCACAGGUGGGUAUGUCUGUGUGGGAGAAGGAGAGAGGUGCUGGGACGGGCACUGCUUGGUGCCUGUGCCUCCAAAUGAGGUUCAGUCGGUAUCACUGGUGGUUCACGCGGGGCCGUGUCAAGCUGUGCUGGAUCACAAUGUUCGGGUGUUCGGGUGUGUGUGCUGUGUGUGCACCUUAUCUCCUUCCCCAUGCAUCCACCUCAUCCCCUUCCCCAUGCAUCCACCUCAUCCCCUUCCCCAUGCAUCCACCUCGUCCCCUUCCCCAUGCAUCCACCUCAUCCCCUUCCCCAUGCAUCCACCUCAUCCCCUUCCCCAUGCAUCCACCUCAUCUCCUUCCCCAUGCAUCCACCUCAUCCCCUUCCCCAUGCAUCCACCUCAUCCCCUUCCCCAUGCAUCCACCUCAUCUCCUUCCCCAUGCAUCCACCUCAUCCCCUUCCCCAUGCAUCCACCUCAUCCCCUUCCCCAUGCAUCCACCUCGUCCCCUUCCCCAUGCAUCCACCUCAUCCCCUUCCCCAUGCAUCCACCUCAUCUCCUUCCCCAUGCAUCCACCUCAUCCCCUUCCCCAUGCAUCCACCUCAUCCCCUUCCCCAUGCAUCCACCUCAUCUCCUUCCCCAUGCAUCCACCUCAUCCCCUUCCCCAUGCAUCCACCUCAUCUCCUUCCCCAUGCAUCCACCUCAUCCCUUUCCCCAUGCAUCCACCUCAUCCCCUUCCCCAUGCAUCCACCUCGUCCCCUUCCCCAUGCAUCCACCUCAUCCCCUUCCCCAUGCAUCCACCUCAUCUCCUUCCCCAUGCAUCCACCUCAUCCCCUUCCCCAUGCAUCCACCUCAUCCCCUUCCCCAUGCAUCCACCUCAUCUCCUUCCCCAUGCAUCCACCUCAUCCCCUUCCCCAUGCAUCCACCUCAUCUCCUUCCCCAUGCAUCCACCUCAUCUCCUUCCCCAUGCAUCCACCUCAUCCCCUUCCCCAUGCAUCCACCUCAUCCCCUUCCCCAUGCAUCCACCUCAUCCCCUUCCCCAUGCAUCCACCUCGUCCCCUUCCCCAUGCAUCCACCUCAUCCCCUUCCCCAUGCAUCCACCUCAUCCCCUUCAUCCUUUUCUCCACCCUUGCCUCAUCCCCAUCCUUCUACCCCGCUCCCACCCACCCACCCACAUCCAUUCUGCUCCAUGCAGGCAGCUCACAAGCUUCGAUGUCGGUUGCUACAGCCACGUCAUGGGGCAGUCAGCACAACAAUUGGCAGUCAUGGGAACAUCAAUUCCCUGCCUGUUCCCAUUCCCUUCCCAUUGCCUGACUGCUCUUUUAUCUCUCAAGAGCGCCUUGGGAGUGACGGCCACGGCAUGGGGCAGUGGGGGGUGCAGUGUGGAGGGAUACACCUCGGGCUCUGACUGGCCCGGUGUGGCGUGCGACUCCCUCGGGAACGUUGUCUCCAUUGACUUGACAAGUCAGAAGCUCAAGGGGUCCAUGACUCCAUGGCAGCGGAUGGCAGCACUCUCACAUCACCCAUCCUCCGUGUUGCCUUGCCUUUCACCCGGGCAAUCCAUGCAUGCUCACUUCCAUGCUCUCAUGCUCUCAACCCUCGUGCCUCUUCUGCAUGGCAGUGACUUGACGAGUCAGAAGCUCAAAGGGUCCAUGGCCUCGGAUGUCAUCGCUCUCACAUCGCUCACUCGCCUCACCUUCGACAGCAAUCUAUUCUGGACGCCUCUUGCCUCCUUUGUCUCCUACUUCUCCUCCCUCUCCAGUCUCGUCGUGCUGUGA